GGUGGAUGCUGGAGGUGGAAGAGAAGCGAAGCUGAGGGAGGCGUGGUUGGAUUUCAGAUGUCACAGUGUUGGCAGGAGACCCCGACUUCCCCCCUCUGAUACCAACACACACACACACACAGCACUCAGACUGACAGAGGACGGAGGGACGAAGUAAAGAGGAACCUGUUAGAGAACAACGAAGAAUAAAGAAAGAAAUUUAAAGAGAGCCGAAAGCAAAAAGAAGGGAAGAAGAAAAGAAACCAGGAGGGAGAACGAGGUGCUGUGUGUUGUGUUAAAGUGAAAUCACCAACGAAAUCCCAACUCUGUCCAUUGCCAAAAACAAAGGGCUAUUUUCUUGUUCAUAAAGAAAGUCCAUUAAUUUUCGUUGCUCAGCUGGAUUUUUAGCAAGUGAACCAGUGUCCCUGUCUGUCAAGAAGUCAACUCACUAACCUACAAAAGACCACCUCAACAGUCAAAAAUGGCCCCCAAGAAGAAGGCCUCCCGUCAGAAGAAGCCUGCAGCGGAUACCAUCGCUCAGGUCAUGGAGACCACCCAAAUCCCAUUAAAGGUGGAAAGCCGUGGUGAUGGUGUGGUGGUGGUGGAGUCUGGCGUAAAGAAGAUCGAGCAGAUGGCAGCACUGGACAUCGCUCAGCUGAACAGCCUCAACCUGCCACUGCCUCCACCGGUCAUCAAGCCUGGAGAGAGAGGCCUCGGCCUGGGCAGCGAGCUGACACGACCCCUUCACGGAAACGCCUUGCUGGAGGAGCUCAGCAAGAUGCGGCAGGAGAAGUUCCUGACUGAUUUGGAGUUGGCCUGUAAGACAAAAGCCUUUGACGUCCACAAGUUGGUGAUCUCCUCAGUCAGUCAGUACUUCAGAGAGAUUCUGGCCAAAGAUCCUAGCAUGAAGCGUCUGGAGCUCCCCUCCCUCUCACCUCUAGGACUGGCCAAUGUGAUCACCUUCGCCUACCUGGGUCGCGUCCACAUGUCCCUCUACACCAUCGGCUGCACCGCCUCUGCCGCUGCCACCCUGCAGAUCCCUCAGCUCCUCAAGAUGUGCAUGGACUUCCUGCUGGCCGAGCUCAACGUUCAGACCUGCGUCUACAUCUGGAACAUUGCUGCCGCCUACGGCCUGCUGCCCGUGUGCGAGGCCGCCCGCCGCUUCGUCCUGGAGAACUUUGUGCAGUUCGCUGACACGCCUCUGUUCACACAACUGACCCUGGAGCAGAUGUCUGCCUUCCUGCAGGACGACUCGCUGCUGCUACCUUCAGAGGUCACGGCCUUCCAGCUGGCCAUGAAGUGGCUCGACUUCGACUCCACCCGUCAAACUCAUGCCGCCGAGCUCCUGUCUCACAUCCGCUUUGAGACGAUCCCAGCCAGCGAGCUGGUGAGUCAGAUCCAGCCCGUCCCCCGCAUGAUGAUGGACCCUCAGUGUCACCGUCUGCUGGUGGACGCCAUGAACUACCACCUGCUGCCCUACCAGCAGAACACCCUGCAGUCCCGCCGCACACAGGUCCGCGCCAGUCAGCAGACUCUGCUCACCAUUGGCGGUCGUCCAUCGCUCACAGAGAGAGCUCUCAGCCGCGAGGUGCUGUGGAGGGACCCUCGUGAAGGUGGAGCCAGUUGGCGUCACCUCACCCAGCUGCCGGCAAAGAGCUUCAACCAGUGCGUGGCUGUGAUGGAUGGCUUCCUGUACGUGGCUGGAGGAGAGGACCAGAAUGACGCCCGUAACCAGGCCAAGCACGCCGUCAGCACCCUCAGCAGAUACGACCCUCGCUUCAACACCUGGCUCCACCUGGCCAGCAUGCGUCAACGCCGCACCCACUUCUCUCUGGCAGCCAGCGGCGGUCGUCUGUUUGCCAUUGGCGGCCGCAACGUUGAGGGUCUUCUGGCCACCACUGAGAGCUACCUGCCGUCCUCCAACACCUGGCAGAUGCGUGCACCCAUGGAGGUGCCCCGCUGUUGCCACUCCAGCGCCACCCUGCCCUCCGGAGACAUCCUGGUGACCGGUGGGUACAUCAAUUGCGCCUACUCCCGCUCUGUGGCAUGCUACAAAGUGGACACCGACACCUGGAUCGAGAAGGCCUCCAUGGAGACGCCUCGCGGCUGGCACUGCUCUGCCACCCUUGGAGGGAAGGUGUAUGUUGUGGGAGGAAGCCAGCUGGGACCCGGCGGUGAGCGGGUGGAUGUUCUCUCUGUGGAGGUCUUCUCCCCGGAGAGCAGCACCUGGAGCCGUGCCGCCCCUCUUCGUCUUGGCGUGAGCACCGCUGGCCUGUCCCCGCUGGCCGAGAAGCUGUACCUGCUCGGAGGCUGGAACGAGGCAGAGAAGCGCUACAAGGCGGCCGUCCAGAAGUACGACCCAGCCACAGACAGCUGGUCUAUGGCAGAAGAUCUACCCGAACCCACUGUGGGAGUGUCCUGCUGCACCUUGACCCUGCCGCCACGCCACGCACCGCGUCGGCAGCAGCACCGAAACACCCCGGCCCACGAAGAGCAGCAGCAGAAGAACCGAAGCAGAGAGAGCAGCGUGGCUCCAUCACAAACCAUCACGGCAUAAAGAGACGACGAAGAGAGACUAGAAGAGAAGAGGGAUGGUUUAACCUCAGGAGAACAUCUGGAUCAUGUCCGCUCUGUUUUAUGUAAAUAUCUGAGGAACAAUUCAUCUAUUUAAAGUUUAAUUUAUUUCAGUCUGUACAUAGACAGUAGAAAACCAGGUAAUGUUCAAAAUAUAUAAACAUAUUUUAUAACUUUGUAACUUUGUAAUGAAGAAUUUCAAGAAAUUUUGUAAAAUAUUUAGACAGGUGAAGGUGAUUUUAGGGUUAAAAAAUAUAUUUAUUUACGCCUGACCUCUGUUAUUACAAUUAUAUACAAUGAAUUUAACAUACAGCCAGAUACAGGCCCAUGAAAAGCUCACGUAUGUGCUGGUAUUGAAAGAAAUUAAAGAGCUUGCAUGAUCCAAAGUGAUCUCAGGAGGUUUUACACUGACGGAAACAGAGAAGGAAAAAGGUGGAUGAGGGAUGAGGGAUGAGUAAUAGUGUGGAUCAGGUGGAGGUAGAUGGGUUGAUGGAGGAGGGUGACGAAGGAUGGAAAAGACGGGAACAGUGGCUGUGAAUCCACCGGCAGUUUGUGUACAAAGAUGUAUCUAUGCAGAGUGUGUGACGUCCAACUGUGAAAACGUGUGUGUGUGUGUGUGUGUGUGUGUGUGUGUGUGUGUGUGUGUGUGUGUGUGUGUGUGGCCGGCCGCAACAGGAAACGAGUCAACUCUAAAAAACAAAAAGCAAAAAUCAACAUCAGCAAAUGUGAAAUAUUUCUCACGAUGGUCGAGAAAAGGCGUUUAUUAAACAACCCAGAGUUUAAUUAUUUAACGGAUGUCUGUCAGAAGUAGAGUAGCUCGACUGUGACAAGAUGAAACGUAGACGUAGUGCUUGAUAAUAAAGAUUUUAUAAGUGCAACAGAGAGGAAGUAUUUAAGAUGUGAACACCAGAGGAAGGAAGUGUGAACGCCACAACAAAGGUGAGAUUUUAACAGGAAAUACAAAAAAAAAAAA